AAUAUAAUUAAAGAUAUUGCAAAAUUCAUAUCUAGAGAGAUGAGCAAUUAAGGUUCAUAUUAGGCACUUUUAUUAAUUCUAAUUAAUUAAUCAUUAAAUCUCUGUGAAGCAAAAAUACUGCAGCGAAAUUGCUAUACAAAAUAUACAAUGUCUGUACCUACAUGACACUUAUUGACAAAUAUGGAGGUUGUAUAUCUAUACAGCGAAUACCCUCUGCUACUCGUAUUAUUAAAAGAAAAAAAUUGUUAGUACCCGAAAAUUAGUUCCAAUUUUCUACAAAAAUAUAAUAAAAAAGUGAUUCGAUUAGUGUCCCGUAUAUAAAAUUUUGUAAGGAACACAAAAAAACAUAAAAGAGUAACAAUAGGAACGAGUUUAGUACUAUGCGGUAUUUAUGCUGUGCGAACCAUUAUUAUAAGGACUGCAUAACGCUAAUUUUCAGUUCGUCACUCUUUCACUAAACUAUAUUAGGAAAAUGCAUGGGCUAGAAAUAUUUUAUAAAAAUAAAAUCUGUUCGAAAACACAAAAAAACUCUAAAGCAAAAUAGCACCAAAGCAGGUCAGGUCGUUUUCGCCGUCGAAAGCAGUGAGUGAAGUGAUUGCUACCCCGACUGAAACGAGUGCCUUUCAUCCCUCGGAUAACAAUCUACUAUUAUUACCUAAUACAAACGGGACUUAAUCGCGUAUUAAAUUUUAAAUUUACCUCCGACUUUUCGAGGACGGCGUUGUCCCCGUGGUCUCGGAGAAGACUGGCUAGAGUUGACAACAACAUCUUCUAGCCACGCGAGUUUUUCGAAAUACCCGCACUUGGUCUUGUUUAUUAACUUGUACAUUUUGCGCACUUGGGAUGUUAUUCUGUCGACUAGGGAUGUUAGGCCGUCCUUGAAACGUCGGAGGUAAAUUUAAAACUUAAUACACGAUUAAGUCCCGUUUGUAUUUAAAAAAAUAUUUAUUUUUAAAACUUUAUUUUUUUAAAUAUUUUUUAAAGUUAUUUUUACUACAUAAUUAAUUAUGGCAAGUUACUUAUUUUACAAAAAAGUGAGCUUAAAAGUAACAUAACAGUAACGUAAGAAUAUGUCCAUAUAAAUACACGUACAUACCCCAUUCGAACUGGACAUAAACGCAUAUUCAUAUACACAUACACAAGUGAUUGAGAUACAUAUCUUUAUCCUAUCUAUUCUAUGAGUGAUUCAGUUUCAUCAUAGGUUUUAUUUUUUAACCAUGUCGUCAAAAGUGCUUUGCACUCUUCCAUAACUUUUGGUGUAAAUGCUCGUUAGCCUAUUCACCUUGUUGUAUAUAUUAAUUGAUAAAACAUAAAAUUGUCUUCGUGCAAAAGAAGUCUUAGGCUGUUUUAAUAAAUUAUCAACAAUUAUAAUUGUGAACCUUGAGAACACCAUUAAGUAUGUAAAGCUGUCGCACUGCACAUCGGCAUCACGGUAAACGUCGACAGUGCUGUAUCUUAUUUUUUUACCCAGAAGUACCUUUAGGACAGAUCAUUGCGCCCGCUCAAGUGCUAUGAGUUUGGUUUUAUGAGUACCACCCCAAACAGGUAAACAAUAAUGGAUUGUACUAACGUUUUAUAGAUGUAUAUUAAUACUUCUUUAUCUGAGACAUGCCUAAGAUAUCUGAAUAACCAGUUCAGCUUUCUUAUUCGAUUAGCAGUAACUUCAUUUUGCUGAUUCCAAGAAAGUAAUUGAUCUAUGUUGUCCUAGCCAAACGCAGAUUUAUUUUUAAGAUUUAGUAUUGUGGAUUCAAUUUCUCCCAGAUCUGGCUCUACUAUGCCAAUUGAUGACGCAUGUGAGUGUUACGAGUUUAAAUAUGUUGUGAGGUUAAGAUUGUAGCUCAAUAUUGGUACUAUUUUUUCUGCAAGAUGUUAUCGGAUUGAAGUGAAAUGUUUGUUUUUCAAAUUAGCUAAAGAGAAAGGAGAGUCAGAUAGGUUUAUUCGUUCAAUGUUUUUACUUCUGGGUUUAUUUAAAUUUGUAAUAUUUUUUAUUGACUUCCAUAAUAAUUUGUUGUUAUUUUUGGUCUCAUUUAGAAGAUCACGUUCAUAUUUUUGUUUUCAUUUUAAACUAAAUUAUUGCAGUAAUUCCUAUACCGGUGAUAAGUUAUUUGUAGUAUUUCAUUUGUAGGGUCAUGUAUUAGUUCAUAAUGUGUAAAAAUCGUGAAAGUUUAAAUCAAUCUACUAUUUCGUUAGUCUUCUGAAUUCGCGACCCGACCGCGCAUAAAGGGUAGACACAUAGUAAGUGCUUCUCUUUCAUUCACAUAUCCGAAUCCCCAAGGCCGUUGGCUACUGACUAUAUGUAUAAUGUACGAUCUUUUUUCAUAUAACGCGUUAGUUAUAACAGUAGAUUACGUUAUGCGGGACAAGGGUUUAGUAAAAACUUAUUAAUCACAUGACGACUACAAGCAUUUCGCUAAUUAUGUCCAUGUAUUAAUUAAGCGUUUGUUUGUAGUUGAAUGCAUUUAAAGGCAAAAUGCAUUGCUAAAUGAAGGUAGAAUAUUUCUCACCGUUACCAAGUAACAGCCAUGAAAAGUUUUAACGUAAUCACACUGGCUGUAAUGCUGAUAUAUAUUUUUAUUGGGACUUCAGCUGUAUUGAAUGAAUACCCACGUCUCACGAAACGGUAUCGAAUAAUAUCAAUACGUGAUUUGAUAAUGAGAACAAAAUCUAUAAAACCCCCAAACCACUACGGGUGCUCAUUUUACAACAUGAUGAUGUGCUUCGGACGAUAGAGCAGUUGGAAACAUGCUAGCAUUAGUCUUAUAAGUGAACAUGAUUUAAUAAGGAACACGGAGAUUCAUAAAUAAUAUUAACGCGGAAACACACUACGGAAACGCGACGCGACGACCUAACAUGACGACACGUGCACCGUGCACAUUUCAAGUUUGUAGUAAUUUCACCUUUGAUUUUUAAUACCUGUGUGUUUGUGUGAAUAUAAAUGGGUUUUAACCACUCAUUUUACCGUUAUUAUUCUCCAUAAAUGUACCACAAGGGAAGGAAAAUGCAGGGUACCUCAUUUCACGUGCGAAAAUAAUUAAUAAGCCCCAAAAAAAGUUUGACUCAAUGAAUUUCAUCUCACAUACAUAUCUACAUACCGCUACACUUGACGGUAACAAAGUCGCUAACGGCAUCCUCUGAAAGUGUACCUACACUACUAAUUUAAACAAAAAAUAUUACUUUGCUAAUCCGCGAUAAAGUGCUAGUCAUCAGUGCUAACCUGUUAUUAUAACCAUACUUGCGUAUUUUUACAUGCAAUUAAUGUUUCCGAUUUCCGCGAAAUAACGCCUGAUUCUAUAUUUGUAGGUAUGUGUAGUCCUGGUAGCGGUGUUUUUUUUACGCGAGCUCUGGUUCUGCCCAAUGUUUCAAAAAGUAACAGUUCGCUCAAUAUACUUACAGUCUCAGAUUCCGAAACCGGAAGAAAUGUAUAGGUACAUAAUGGAGAACAAGAAAGUUGCUUAAAAAUCGUUAGGCAAUUAAAGGUAAAACUCUUUUGCAAGGAUAACAAGCUAGGCAUUAAUUCGGAACUUCGUUAUACCGGGUGUGGCCUGUAACACGAGUAAUAAAUUUAGGCUGUAGGCUGUACUCCUCAAACUUACCAACAUUUGUUCAGCGAUUUUUGAAAAUUAUGAAUUCUUUAGACUUUGAAUAUGUCAAUGACAAAAUUCAAAAUUUCAGUUCUGUUUCGGAACGUCUUUUGAAAAUCAACGUGCAUACCGCCUAUUCCAUCAUUCGUCACUGCCUUUUUGUACCCAAAUUCACCUACGUUCUCCGCUGCAGUCACCUCUGGAAGCAUCCCAGCCUACUCCUUAAACUAGAUUCGCUAAUUGAGGACACUUUGUCAUCAGUCCUCAAUAUACGUUUCGAAGAAAGGUCUUGGACCCAGGCUACUCUACCUAUCCGGCACGGUGGCCUGGGUAUCCGCAAAAUUUCUAGUGUCUCGCUGCCAGCCUUCUUGUCCUCGGUGCAUAGUGCUCAAAACCUAAUUGACAGCAUUUUAACCCCUUCUCUCGGGGCCAUAGAGGCAGCACAUUGCACCGAGGCCAGGAAUGUUUGGUCACUAACCUGUGGCAACACAGAUCCACCUUCCAAUCCCUGCUCGCAGAGGCAGUGGGACGAGCCGCUCUGCCGUCUAGUACGGAAUAGUCUUGUUGAUACGUCAACUGGUACGGCAGAUCGAGCUCGUCUUCUUGCCACUGCGGAGUGGGAGUCGGGACUGUGGUUGCAAGCUCUACCUUCACCAUCCAUAGGCACCCUAAUCGACAACUCCACUUUUCGACUGGCAGCUUGUUUGCGUUUAGAGACUAUAACGAACGUUCCCCAUCGCUGCCGUUGUGGUGCCAUGGUGGAUAGUUAUGGUCACCAUGGACUCUCUUGUGGCAGAAGCGCCGGCCGCAUACCCCGACACGCCAGCAUCAACGAUGUCAUCCGAAGGGCCUUUGUCAGUGUCAAAGUUCCGGCCAUACUGGAGCCCGUCGGUUCGGCAAGGGACGAUGGCAAGAGGCCCGACGGUAUGACUCUGGUGCCUUGGAAGUUGGGACGGCCUCUAGUUUGGGAUGCCACAUGCGUUGACACUCUCGCGCCGUCCCACCUUCCGGGUACCAGCAGUUGUGCUGGUCGUGCCGCGUCCGCGGCCGAAGACCUUAAACGCCGAAAAUACGCCACCCUCGGCAGUAGCUACAUUUUCGAGGCGUUUGGGGUCGAAACGCUGGGGCCGUGGGGGCCAAGCGCGCGUCGGCUCUACAAGUACCUAGGGUCGCGCCUUAUAGAUGCCACAGGUGACCAGAGGGCUGGCCAGUAUUUUGCUCAAAGGAUAAGUAUUGCCAUCCAACGUGGCAAUGCGGCCAGCCUUCUGGGCACACUGACCAUCGGCAGCGACUUGGGAGACGUUUUUUAUUUACUUUAA